UUGACACCCCAGACAACUUUCCCCUAAGACAUGGGCAAAAAAAUAGACAUAACUCAAAAACACAUUGUUCUAACCGCUUGCACUUCCUUCAAUAUUUUCCAUGUUUAAACGUUUAAACUCACUGCCCUGGCCCCUGUUUUCAGGGUGGGAAAUAUUGUUCUCGAUAGAAUAAGAUCAGAAGCAUGCAUUAGGCAAUGUAAAAGCCAUGUCCUGUUUACUUUAUAGACACAGGCCUAAGGGUUAUCAUUGGUGGCCACUCACUGUCACUCAAGGACCUAGUGGGUGUUACCCAAUGUCUGUUACCAGUUUACUUCGUAGGAUUUACAAAAGGUAAUUUAGUAUAACCGUGAUUGACACUGACAGUAGACAUCGACAAGCGUGAUAUACAUGCUACGAACAGAACACGGAUACACUUUAACUGUAACCGCGCAGUUUUAGAUAAAGGAGCUAAAACAUUUUUUUAUUACUUCAUCGUAAACCACCGGCCGUUAUCAACCAGUGCCUUCUAUCUGGGAGUUCGUGAAGAAGUGACGACGGUUUCUACACUUUUACAUUUGGUGCCUGGACUGGUCGAUUCAUUGAGUGUCUUUAUGUGACAGUUGCGCUAUUUGCCCGUUUGCUUUUCGAGAUGGCAGAAUUACCACCGCCGCAACAGUUGGUUGAUAUUGACCCGGAUUUCGAGCCGCUCUCCCGCCCCCGGUCAUGCACCUGGCCUCUGCCUCGACCGGAGUUCAUCGAACCCGCCAGCUCGAACACAUCUUCACCGGCGCCUGCAGUCAAGCAGGAGCCUGUCGAAUACAUUAGUAACCUCAGUUUGUUAGAGGAGUCAGAGGACUACCAGGAGGAUGAGAAACGGCUCGUUUUGUGCAAUGAUUUUCAAUGCCAGGAGAAAUGCAUACACCAGCAACAGCAGCAACAUCAUCCACAGCAGUUACAGAAACACCCGGGUACUCUGCUGCCACACCAGCAACAGGUGCCCCCGCUCUCGUCCCCCGUCGGGUCAAAUUCGGUGGCCGCUGCUGCCGCUGCUGCGCAGAGGAAAAGCAGCUCGUCGCGUCGGAACGCGUGGGGGAAUAUGUCCUACGCGGACCUCAUCACCAAGGCGAUAGAGAGCUCACCCGAGAAGCGACUCACCUUGUCUCAGAUCUAUGACUGGAUGGUGAAGAGCGUGCCAUAUUUUAAGGAUAAAGGAGACAGUAAUAGCUCUGCAGGUUGGAAGAACUCCAUCCGCCACAACCUGUCCCUCCACAGUCGUUUUGUUCGUGUGCAGAACGAGGGGACAGGGAAGAGCUCCUGGUGGAUGCUGAACCCCGAGGGAGGGAAGAGCGGGAAGUCCCCCCGUCGUAGAGCUGCCUCCAUGGACAACAACAGCAAGUUCACCAAGAGCAGAGGACGGGCUGCAAAGAAGAAGGUGGCUCUCCAGGUGGAUGGGGGUGCAGACAGCCCGGGAGGCUUCCAGUACUCCAAGUGGCUCGGCAGCCCCAACUCCCAUAGCCACAGCAACGACGACUUCGAGGCCUGGACCACCUUCCGGACGCGCACCAGCUCCGACGCCUCCACCCUCUCUGGCCGUCGUUCUCCCUUCUUGGAACAGGAGGUCGACCUAUCAGAAGCCGACAUCCACAUGGGCUACCCCGGAGGGGUAGGGCCUAAGAUGACCUCCAUGGCCACCCUGCCUAGCCUAUCAGAAGUGGGCCUGGUCGACUCCAUGGGUGGUCAUCAUCACGGUCACCACGGAACAGAGAACGUGAUGGAUAGCCUCCUUGACAACCUCAACCUGCUGUCCCCCAAGAAUCAAACCCAGCUGGGGGUAGGCGGUGGUCCUGGGUCUGGGCCUGACUCCUCCCGGUCCUCUCCCUCCUCCAAGCUUCAGAACAGCCCUUAUAGCUCCCCCUCCAUGACCCCUCACCCCCAGCCCCAACAGCAGGACUAUAGGAAGUGCCACUACGGCCAGGCCGGGCCAGGGAUGAAUAGCCCACAUCUCUCUCCCAUCCCCAUGCAGACGCUGCAAGAGAGCAAGUCGCCAGGGUCCUUCGCACCCUUCCUGAGCCAUUACAACUGCCCUGCUGGGCUACUCAAGGAGCUGUUGACCUCUGACGUAGCCGACCCUUGUUGUGGUGUCGAGGCCAUGCCCUCCAUGGAGACUGUAGUGUCCCAGUCUGGGAGAGGAAGAGGAGGGCGGAUGCUUCCCAACUACAGCAGCCAGGUGCAGGUAGGGGGGCACGGGGGGGUGAAGAUAAUGAGUCCCCCACCUCAGCAACACCCACAGCACCCUCAGUCACAUCCUCACCCUCACCCGCGGCCCCUCCACAGCCAGGGCCCUCCCCCCUCUGGGCCCUCCAUGAACAGCUGUGGCCUGAUUCCCCUGACCAGCCUGAACCACGCCGGGGGCCCUGCCCGUCUUGCUAGCCUCAGGACACACAUCCACCAGCUACAGCAGCAGCCACGUGGUGGUGGUGGUGGUCACCCAGCCUCAGGCCACCAAAACCAUAGUCCCCACCACAGCGGAGCUCCUCCACCCAGCUACGGCAGCAGUGCUAAUGGUUAUGUGAGGCCAGGUCCAGGCCACGGCCACAGCUCUGGUCAUCCCCAGGCUCACCAUCACCACCAAUAUCACAACCAUCAUCAGGAGAGGCUGCCUAGUGAUCUAGACGACAUGUCCAUAGAGAGGUUCGAGUGUGACAUGGAGUCUGUUCUUCAUGACACGCUGAUGGACGGAGACUCGCUGGACUUCAACUUUGACCCCAUGGUAACCUCUCAGGGGUUCAGUCAGGGGGUUGGGGUGAAGACCACCACACACAGCUGGGUGUCUGGCUAGGACACACACCUCUCAGACAGAAUUUUCACCCUUCGACACUGGCCUUCGUUAAGAGAAUGGAAAGGUCUAAGGAAACCAUUGCCCCUCUCCACAGCACUAUCAUCAGCCCGUCCCAAUUCUCUCACUAUCCAUUGCAGAUCUGUAAGGUGGAAGAAAUAAUGCAUUUUGCGAAGAUCGAAGGGUAAGGGCCAAGGGGAAGGGCUUAGAGAGUGAAUCGGGGCUGGCUGAGACUGUGCUUGUUUGGAGGGAACGUCUCGUCUGAAGUUGGCUUUGUAAAUACAGCAGCGCCCGACUCGGCACAAUGUCAUUCACUUCAACAGAACCUGGAAGAAGCUGGAGCCUAAUUUACAAAAAGCUAUGUUUUGUUGUGAAAUAUAUUUUGUUUUUAUUGUGUUAUUAUCAUUUUUGGGCUCUCACAUGAUGUUUUUGCAAGUGUAUUUCUUUUUUAUGUUCAGUGUCAAAAUCACACAAGAUCAGGGCUAGUUUUAGCUCUUCAAAAACAACUGGAAUGGAGUCUGUUCUACUCUACAUUCAAGUGGGGUCAGUCCCGCCCUUCAGGGUGCUUUUCAAACAAGGUUGUCAAAAAGCAUUUGGCAUAUUAUGUAUGAAUAAAAUAUUAGGGAUGUAAAAUAUGCUACAAUUCUUCAAACAUAUGUAAUGUAUACUGUGUGUAUAUUUGUGAAAAGGAAUAUUCUUACAUUUUUAUUAUUCUUACACCUUUCUCUGUGUGCAUUUAAAAUUCCUUUUUUCAUUGCCUCUCAUUGCCUUUCAAAUGACCAAUAUGCUAUGUUGAACCAUCUACCCAGGAACCAGGCCAGCAUAGGGAUAGCCAAAGUCAAAGUGAUAGGACAAAUCAGACUAGUUCAGUGAUAAUAUAUGUAUUUUAGUGAUAAAUCAGAGAAGUGCAGCAAGUGGUUACUUAUCUAACAUCUCAGGCUAUUCUUUCCUCAGCUGUUCAUCACUCUUCCCUUCUCUUGCCCUUCACGUCGCUUUCGAGUUACGAUUCCUAAUUCCAUCUACUUUUCUCUAAUCAUCAUCUAUCUGAUUGUGACGAUCACACUCUCCCUGGCCUUCAUUCAGCUCGCAUCCCUGACUCCCUUUUCUCACUCUCACCGUUUCCCUCCCACUCUCCUACCCUUUUCUAACUCGCCUCUAUUUGUGCCUUAUUACUCUCAAUUCCUCUCUUCAUCUCUCUCGCUCUCGCCCCCUCUUCCUCUCCUUCUCUGUCUGUGGGUGUGAGGGCGCUGUAUGCAUUAGGAGGGCAGUGAUAAUUUGAGAGGCUGAUAAUGGACUCUAGUUUAUCUCACAUAACAGUGCUCAACAGCAGAACACAGGAUUUGAGCUUUUUUCCUCCCUAGCAACCCUCCCUCUCUUCCUCCUUUUUUUAUCACACACCAAAACAUGUAACCGAAAUAACCUGAUGUUUUAGAGUCAGUGUGCUGAUUCACUGCACCUUUUAUAGUCUCAGACUUAUGUAAGUAAGUUUUGGAAAGUCAAGGCUUUAUUUGUUACUAGACUUUGCAUUGUAGUUUAUAAUAAUUCCCUGAGUGACCUGUGAGAAUCUGUAGUGCUGGAGUAACCUGGUAGAGUCUGUACCUAUAGGUGGCCAUUUGGGACUUAACCUAAAUCAGCUGUCUCAAACUCCAGGCACGGGAUCUAUUGUAUAUCAGCCCCACAAGAUGCGUUCUUGUGUUCCCCAGAUUAAUAUCUCAUUUGAGUUUGAGGUCUAAAUGGAUUCCCCUCUUUUACCAGCCUCUCCCCCACUUGGCUAUUUACUAAACAUGUUUAAUUAAUGCAAUUUAACAUGAGUUUAACGCACACUCACACACUCAUACCUCAACUUAUUUUACCUCUCACCGCUCUGUCACAGUACAUGGGGAUUGGGUAUGUCAAAUAUGAUCCAUAACUUUGUUCUUGAUAUACAGUAUGGAUGGACAUGUUAUUGAUGUUACAAUGGACCAUUCACAAACCUUACCAGCUAUAUGUGUACUGAGUGAUAUAAUAUAUUUCUUCUUUCACUUUUUGUUGAUUCCAUUUUUUUCUCUCAAAACAAUAUCCCUGACCUACUUUCAGCAUGUGACCUCACUGUAAAUAAUAAUAAAUUAAUACGUAGAUUAUUUGAAAUUAAUGAAACAUUUAAGAUAGGGUAUGCAGCACCUACAGAGACCCUAUUGUGAGAGACUGUCUGCAUCCCAAAUGGUACUGUAUUCCCUAUAUAGUGCACAUGGGGUUCUGUUCAAAAGUAGUACACUACAUAGGGAAUAUGGUGCCAUUUGGGACCGACACACUAUGUUAGUUCCAGUUUUCAGAUCAUCAUUCUUGAGAAAAUUAUAUCGUAUAAAAUCUUCUCCUUCUUCUUAUUAUUAUUAUCUUAACUUUUUGUUUUUUGUUACUAUUUGAUUUGAUUUAGAUACUCAACAAAAAAUGAAGUAUUCAGCUAAUAGAUUAUGCAAUGAUUUAAGUGCUCUUUUUGUUUUUGGAAACUGACAUUGUUACUGAGCUGCUGUUUGUAUAAAAAAACAAAUAACUGAAAGUAGACAUUUUUAAAUUGACUUCGUAAACAACAUAUACACAAAAGAUAACGUGAAUAAAAGUCGGACCAAUUUACGUUUACAAUGUUGCACUUCUAAAGUUUUGUUGUUGCUCAAGUGUUUUGUAUAAUUAGUUUUGACUGUAAAGAUUUGACAGAAAACUGCUUAUCCUCAAACAUAAACAAGUGUUUGGGCCUGUUACAUUUCUUAAUUUAUGUACGGAAAGUCAAAUGUAUUUUGAUAUUUGUCUGAGAUUUGCCAUGAAAGUACAAUGAGAUUUGUUUAUGAAUUACAAAUGAUCUACAGUGGGGUCCGGAAUUAUUGGAUCUCUUAAUAAAGAUACGUUUCUUUGAAUAAAGUAUGCUCAAUAAAGUAUGCUCCAAUUUUGUUUUUAUGGAUGAGGUAUUUGCUGCAUAUGCAUUGUUCUUUCGAAGGCCAAACACAAUGCUCGUGUGGGUGGCCAAAGAGCUCUAUUUUCAUGCCAUAUGACCAUAGCUCCGGUUCCAAUCCAAGUACCAAUGCCGUUUAGCAAACUCCAGGCGGUGCUAUGGUCAGAUGACAUGAGAACAGAGCUCUUUGGCCACACACACCAAUGGUGGGUUUGGCCUUCGAAAGAACAGUGCAAAUGCAGAAAAUACCUUGACUCUACUGUAAAAUAUAGUGAUGGAUCUUUGACGUUAUCAGACUAUUUUCCUUCCACUGGUCCAGCGGCUCUUGUUAAGGUCAACGGCAUCAGAAAUGUACCAAGUACCAGGACAAAAACCUUGUUGCCUCUCCUAGGAAGCUGACAUUUCUUUGCAAGUGGAUCAUCUAGCAAGACAAUAUAACACCAAGCACACAUCAAAAUCCACAAAGAAAUGGUUAAUUGGACACAAAAUGUAUAUUUUUUGCAAUGGCCAUCUCAGUCUCUGGACUUGAGAACCCAAUUGAAAACCUGUAGUUUGAAUUGAAGAGGGCAGUCCAUAAGCGCAGACAAAGGAUAUCAAGGAUCUGGAAAGAUUUUGUAUGGCGGAAUGUCCUUCCCAAUGUGUUCACCAAUCUCAUUAUAUAUCUAUUUUUUUUAAAGGUUCAGUAUCAUUAUACUUGCAAGGGGAGGGUGCUGGAGUAUUGAAAGCAUGAGAUCCAAUCAUUUUGACCCCUUUCUUUUACAUAACAUUUUUUUAUUAUACACUAUAGCUCAGUAUUUGUACUAUUUAUUUUAUACAGUCUUUUUUGUGCAUCUUUAUCAAGGGAUCCAAUAAUUCCGGACCCCAGAAUAUAUACUGUAAAAUUGCUCUUGUUUGUUUGAAGUAUAGAGACUUGACCUCUUGAGUUCUGAUUGGAAACUAUAUCUAUAAUUGUUAACUGCUUAUAUGAUUAUACAGUGCAUUCGGAAAGUAUUCAGACCACUUUACUUUUUCCACACUUUGUUACGUUACAGCCUAAUUCUAAAAUGGAUUAAAUUACUUUUUUUCUUCAUCAAUCUACACCCCAUAAUGACAAAGCGAAAACGGGUUUUUAGAAAUUGUUGCAAAUGUAUUACAAAUUAAAAACAGAAAUACCUUAUUUACAUCUGUAUUCAGACCCUUUGCUAUGAAACUCGAAAUUGAGCUCAGGUGCAUCCUGUUUCCAUUGGCCAUCUUUGAGAUGUUUCUACAACUUAAUUGGUGUCCACCUGUGGUAAAUUCAAUUGAUUGGACAUGAUUUAGAAAGGCACACACCUGUCUAUAUAAGGUCCCACAGUUGAUAGUGCAUGUCAGAGCAAAAACCAAGCCAUGAUGUCGAAGGAAUUGUCCGUAGGGCUCCAAGACAGCAUUGUGUCGAGGCACAGAUCUGGGGAAGGGUACCAAAACAUUUCUGCAGCAUUGAAGGACCCCAAGAACACAGUGGCCUCCAUCAUUCUUAAAUGGAAGAAGUUUGGAACCACCAACUCUUCCUAGAGCUGGCCGCCCGCCCAAACUGAGAAAUCAGGGGAGGAGGGCCUUGGUCAGGGAGGUGACCAAGAACCUGAUGGUCACUCUGACAGAGCUUCAGAGUUCCUAUGUGGAGAUGGGAGAGCCUUCCAGAAGGACAACCAUCUCUGCAGCACUCCACCAAUCAGGCCUUCAUGGUAGCAUGGCCAGACGGAAGCCACUUCUCAGUAAAAGGCACAUGACAGCCCACUUGGAGUUUGUUAAAAGGCACCUAAAGGACUCUCAGACCAUGAAAAACUAAAUUCUCUGGUCUGAAGAAACCUGGAUUGAACUCUUUGGCCUGAAUGCCAAGUGUCAUGUCUGAAGGAAACCUAGCACCAUCCCUAAGGUGAAGCAUGGUGGUGGUAGCAUCAUGCUGUGGGGAUGUUUUUCAUCGGCAGGGACUGGGAGACUAGUCAGGAUCGAUGGAAAGAUGAACGGAGCAAAGCUUGUAGCGUCAUACCCAAGAAGACUCUGUAAUUGCUGCCAAAUGUGCUUCAACCAAAAUUCUGAGUAAAGGGUCUGAAUACUUAUGUAAAUAUAAUAUUUCCAUAUAAAAAAACUGUUUUUGCUUUGCAGUUAUGGGGUAUUUGUAGUUAUGGGUAUUGUGUAUAGAUAGAUGAGGGGGGAAAUAACUAUUUAAUCAAUUUUAGAAUAAGGCUGUAACGUAACAAAAUGUAGAAAAAGUUUAAGGGUCUGAAUACUUUCCGAAAGCACUGUAUUUUGACGCAGGCAAAUCUUAAAGUCAAUGGUUAUUGUGCAAUGUUGAUGCUGAUCUUAAAAUCAAUGUUGAUGAGUUAGUGUUGACUGUAGUUGUUUCUGGUGAGUGUUCAUUACAUUUAAAUUGUUAUUGGUUCAUGUUUAUCCUGACAUGUAUGUAAAGGUUGCCUGCUAUUCUUUUGCCUUGGGUGUUAAAAAAACAUCCAACCACCCUCCCCUUUAAUAAGUAGUCAUAUCUUAAAGGGGAGAAGUAACAACUCAGACCAGCCAGCUACACCAUGGUGCUUUCUUGGAACCUCGAGGAGCAAGUGCCUGACACUAUUCUAUCUACGCCAUAUUUACAAAAAAAAAUGCUAGAUUUUGUGAAAAAAAUCUUUUUGCAGAUGUUGGUUGAAGCCGUAUGUAUAUAUAAAUGAUCUCACUGAAAA